AUGGAAUUCCAACAGAUCGACCCUGCGAUUCUCGAUUUGUAUCCGGAGAGAAUUAGGCUACAGAUUGAAAGAGAUUCUCACUUUUCAAAGUUGCUCUGCUUUACGAAUAAAGCGCAGAUCGAGGGACUGUUGGAGGAAACAUUGAAUCACGCCAAAAUAUCUGAAAGCAAAUACAAAAAGCGCAACGAUGAAUAUCGCUCCCUUCGCGUUGCGAAACGCGUCUUUUCGUUCGCUGAGAAAACACAUGGUUUUUUACAGGUAUUCACAGGCCUAGCGGAUGUGUCAAAGGGAGUUGAUGGUCGCAUUGGUGGUAUUGGGUAUGGUAUGCUUGCACUUUUGGUCACUCUUGCCAAGAAUCUGCAACUGUACGAAGACCUUGCUGCCGAAGCUCUGGACACAAUAAAGAAAUGGUUACGCCGCAUUGAAGGAAUUAUUGGGUUCCACACUGCCGCAGAAGAUAAAGGGCAUCUUCAGGAUGGUAUAAAUGGCGUACACCUUGAGAUUCUGAGGAUCCUCGCUCGAGUGACGGGACACUACAAGAGAUCAUCUUGGAAGAGACUGCUUCAAUCUAUUGGCAAACCGCCACAAGUACACUUGCAGCCACUCUUGGAAGAAUUCAAAGAAAAGGUCGCUGACCUGAUGGUGGAGCAUAAGCUGCUGCAAGACGGAAAAUUACAUCAAUUGUUUCAGCAGAACUUCUCGGAUCGACGGACGGCCCGCUUCAAGUCAGUGCAGGAACUGGCCAAAUUGAUUGGCUUGCAUGAGAAUAUGGAUGAUAUUCGCGAGCAUAUGAUACAUAGCUCACGGGAACAACACGCGACCCAGUCUUCGCACAUUCGGCUUGGCGAUCGGGAAUCAAAAGCUAAGAACUUGACAAAAGCGACCCUCCCGCUCCUGGAACAAAGAAAAUCAUUCAUUGAAUGGAACGCCAGCGAAACAUCGUCUUUCCUACUUUUGAGUGGCGAAAAUCGAUCAUACGACAAUAUUGACGAGUUCAGCUGGCUAUCACCGUUAGGCAUUGAGUACUUUUCAAGUCUUCCGGUGCCCACAACAGCUCUGUUUAUCUCGACGCCAUUUCUUAGGCCUGAGCCCUUAUGCCCGGUUCCAACAGAGGCUUUGAUAUUGAAAGUAAUUCUAUACCAGUUGCUGGCCUAUAAUGAUUUACUGUGCGAUAAAAUCAUUCAUACUGCAGCAUUUCAAAGAAAAUUAGAGGAUAUCCACAAGUCACCCGGACCUAACCAAGCAAUCGACUUGGCUUUUGAAGGCGUUCGAUUGGUCUUGAGAGAACUACCCAGUGAGUCGGUGGUGCACAUUGUCGUAGACGGCGUCGUGAUUCCACCAGAAUAUCCUCACGAGCAUUGGGGGCCCUUACGAAGCUUAGCCCAACUGGUGUGCGAUCCCGAACUGAAAGCAGCUGUAAAGGUCUUAGGCAUAGCCAAAUCAAACUGGUGGACCCAAGUAGAGAACGAGUGCAUAGGCGAGCAUGCGGCAAGCCUGCUUGGGGCGAAGCUGGGGAUAAACUCGCGCCAACACAAACGUUUGUUUCUAGAGCUGGGUUGGAAGCAAGAGAUAGCAAGAUGA